UUCUCCACCACAUUUCCCACACUCUCAUCUCUAUAAUCAAUUAGUAGCUCCUUUUUAAUUCAUUGAUGGCAGGGCCGAAGAUGCAACUCCUCAUCUCCGCCCUUCUCCUCGCCGCCUGCGCCCUCGCCCAUGCGCAGAACUGUGGGUGCACAUCAGACCUAUGCUGCAGCAAGUUCGGCUACUGCGGCUCCGGAGACCCCUACUGUGGCGACGGCUGCCAGUCGGGGCCUUGUUAUAAUCAGCCACCGUCCGGUGGCGGUGGUGGUGGCGGAGUCUCUGUGGCGGACGUGGUGACACAACAGUUCUUCGACAGCAUUAUUGGCCAAGCAGCGGGUGGUUGCGAAGGGAAAGGAUUUUACACCAGACAGGCGUUCAUCGAUGCGGUUAAUCAGAAGUACUCUGGCUUCGGUCAGGAUGCUACCGCCGAUGACUCUAAGCGAGAGAUCGCUGCUUUCUUUGCCCAUGCCACUCACGAGACCGGAUACUUUUGCUACGUAGAAGAGGUGGACAAAUCAAACUCUUACUGUGACACGAGAUAUCCGCAAUAUCCAUGCGCAUCGGGUAAGAAGUACUAUGGUCGUGGUCCACUUCAAAUCACUUGGAACUACAACUACGCCCUUGCUGGUAAAGAUAUUGGUUUUGACGGACUCAAAUCGCCUGAGACCGUCUCCAAUGAUGUUGUCGUUUCCUUCAAGACGGCUCUCUGGUUUUGGAUGAAUAAUGUUCAUCGUGUUGUCAACCAGGGCUUUGGUGCAACAAUACGUGCCAUAAAUAGCAUUGAGUGCAACGGCGGCAACACUGGGGAGAUGAAUGAUCGUGUUAACAUCUACAAAAACUACUGCAGCCAGUUCGGUGUCUCCCCGGGAGAUCAUCUCACUUGUUAAUGGUAUAUGUAUUAUGUUGUAAGGUUUUUUAUCAUGAAAUAAUGGAAUAAGCAAUG